UUUUCAGAAAUCAGUGGAAAAAUUGUACAGAGAAUAGAAGAUCUUGUUGAGUCAUAAUUGAAUUAGAGGGCAAAAUCCUACCCCAAAACUACCCUCAACAAAUGUGAUAGAUAGGGAAUAGGGAUGUCCAAAUAGUGAUAAUGUGUUUCCUAUAAGUUCUCAGUGCAAUUUCUGUGUAAAUAGAGUGAGAAAGUGGAAGUGAACAGAAAAGAUGUCUCAGAGCCCCCCAAACUAUAUCGAUGGGGUCCCUGUGAAGAUAUCCGAGAAUUACAGGCCUCCCCCAAUCAUUCACCUGCCACAACCAACCCGAAAUCGCCUUGAGCGUCGGGAACAGCCAGGCCCGGAUAGAGGAUAUGACUUUACCCUUGAACUCAGUGUUCUGGCCAAGAUUGGUGAAUGGAGGACAAUUAGGGAUCGUGAGGAAAGUGUCCGGAGGGAGAGGAUGCUUACGCGUGAGCAGGAGAGGCGGAGAGUGUUAGAGGAGAAGCAGAAAGCACUGUUAACACAAGUCUCGUACCCAAGUGCUGAGGAUUUGUCAUCAGAGGAUGAACUGCCUGGGGAAGUGGCACAAAUUGAGAGACAUUCCACACCCCAAGGACACUUUAGUCCACCUACUAACUUCGAUACAAUCCUUAUGCCCACUGUACUCCCUGGAUCUUGCCACGAAUCACAAACUACCCCCAAGUCCACCUUCACUGUUCCCGCAAAGAUUAACUACAGUGACUUCGAGACGGAUACCUCCAGUCCUUUUGAUAAUCUCGAACUGAAGACAAUCAAUGACCUGGACAUCUUGGCGCAAGUUCUCAAAAGCACAGUGACCCUGGAGGGAACAAAUGGGGACAAUGAGAGUGCCCCAAAGACCACAGAAUUGCCUCAAGAUCGAGAAAAUUCUAAUGACUUCUAUGCCCAAUCCCUGGCCAAAGUCUCCUACGAUACCAUCUCCACAGAAGUCUAUGCAACUCCUUCAGUACCAAUGCCGCAGUAUCUCAACUACCAGCCGGACAACUACAGUCAAUCCAUUUACCCAGCAUGCUACGGGAAUAUCAUCAAUGGAUCCUAUUAUUAUGGCAGCUAUGGGAAUCCCAUGGCCAGCACUUACACUAGCACCUACGUCCAGCCAAUUCCACAGCCGGCUGUCAGUCAGAGUGUCCCGGACAGAUUCAAGUCUAAGAGCGUCCCUGACAUUGCUAAUGAACUCAGCAGUGAGGUGCAGAGGCAUUCGGAAAGAAGGCGCAUCAGGAACAAUAGUCAGACAAUAGCGAGUCCAUGUGAUGAAGAAUGUGAAGAAGAAGAGAAGAAUCAGGCGCUAAAGUCGUCUGAAGAAGGAAAGAACGAAACCUUUACUCAGCUUUCGGAAUCAUCUCAGAAAUUAGCCACAACUAUCAGCACAAUGGGAUUUCCCCUGGACAGGGUAUCCCGGGUGACUCAGGUGCUGGGGAAUGAUGACAAAAAGAUUGUCGACCAUUUGAUACCACUAAGUGAGCUUCUGGAUUUGGGAUUCGAGGAGGCCAAAAUCUCUGAGGCACUUCUCAAGUUUGAUAAUAACAAAGAACGCGCACUGGACUUUCUCAUCUCAUAGUAAAUCCUGAUGCAGAAAGUGCGCAUUGUUUUCUACAAGAUUGAAUUAAAAAAAAACAUUAAGUAAUUUAUAAAAUUAGCUAAAGCAGGAUAGAGUACUUUUGCUAUGAAUGCCCUGCAUCCGCUUGCUUUUUCCUUCUCUUAUAUAUAUAUAAAAAAAAAACAUAAAAAAGAAGGAGAAAUCAGUAUUUUUUAUUUAUUCAUUUUUCAUCGGAAAAUCAUCCUGAGAAGCGCGAGGAAACUUCGAGCCCUUUUUCGAUUGUUUGCACAAUUUGCCGUGAAAUCUCAUGGGCUUUUGAAGGCAUUUUCAUAAGGAAUUUGUACACAUUUCUUUUUUGUUGUAAGUUUACUGAAGAAUUUAGAGAGCGAUUUUAUUCAUUUGGGCAAUGGGAACUUAAGCUGGAAGUCUUUUUCUACCAAAAACACUAGUCUGAAGGAAGACGUUGACUACGUUUAUAUAAUGCUAAAAAUGGGCCAGAGAUUUACUUCAAAAUACCGAAGAUUUUGAGAAAUUUCGAUCAAAAUUGAAUAUGAUUAUCCUGAAUAUCCGCUUUCAUUUUCUUCGUGUCCUUCGUGUCUAUUUCCAACUCUAAAAUAAACCUGAACUGCGUUCGGUAAUAUUUUUAAUCUGAGAUUAUUUGGCGUAUAAACGUAGUCACUGAGAGGCGGGAAAUUCUAAUGAGAAGCUAUACAUUGUAAUCAAGAAAAUUCAUUCCCAAAAUGUGUGGUAUUUGAUUGAGAAGAAUUAAAUUAUGAAAAGAAAAAUAAAACACGUUUUAAUUGCAUUUUAUAAUGUA